AUGUCAGGUCAGACGCUGACAGAUCGCAUCGCAGCUGCUCAGUACAGCGUUACAGGAUCAGCUGUAGCCAGAGCGGUCUGCAAAGCAACCACACAUGAAGUGAUGGGCCCCAAGAAAAAACACCUGGAUUACCUAAUCCAGGCCACAAAUGAGACAAAUGUCAACAUUCCACAAAUGGCUGAUACCCUCUUUGAGAGAGCGACAAACAGUAGUUGGGUUGUUGUCUUCAAAGCCUUAGUUACAACACAUCAUCUAAUGGUUCAUGGCAAUGAGAGAUUUAUUCAAUAUUUGGCAUCUAGAAACACACUAUUCAAUCUCAGCAAUUUUUUGGAUAAAAGCGGAUCACAUGGAUACGAUAUGUCUACUUUUAUCAGGCGUUACAGUAGAUACUUGAAUGAAAAAGCAUUUUCAUACAGGCAAAUGGCAUUUGAUUUUGCAAGAGUAAAAAAGGGGGCUGAUGGUGUAAUGAGGACGAUGGCCCCAGAAAAACUACUGAAGAGCAUGCCAAUCUUACAAGGACAAAUAGAUGCACUUCUUGAAUUUGAUAUUCAUCCAAAUGAACUGACAAAUGGGGUCAUAAAUGCUGGAUUUAUGCUUCUGUUCAAAGAUCUCAUCAAGCUUUUUGCUUGUUACAAUGAUGGAGUCAUUAAUUUAUUAGAGAAGUUUUUUGAAAUGAAGAAAGGACAGUGCAAAGAUGCCCUUGAAAUUUAUAAGCGGUUUCUUACUAGGAUGACAAGAGUAUCAGAAUUUCUUAAAGUUGCAGAGCAAGUUGGAAUUGACAAAGGCGAUAUUCCUGAUCUCACGCAAGCUCCCAGUAGUCUUAUGGAGACACUUGAACAGCAUCUAAAUAAUUUGGAAGGAAAGAAACCUGGGAACAAUGAUGGGUCUGGUGCUCCUUCACCCUUGGGCAAGUCUUCUCCAGCCACAACGGUUACAUCUCCCAAUUCUACCCCAGCAAGAAGUAUUGAUACAUCUCCACCACUUGAUCUUUUUGCAACAUCUUCAACAACGGCUCCAGUAAGUGCUUCCAAGCUCUCCAGUGACCUUCUAGAUCUUCAACCAGACUUCACAUCUGGCCUUGCACAAGCAGCUUCAGCAGCUCCCCCUGGUGGAACAACUUCAUGGGGAGACCUCCUGGGAGAGGACAGUUUGGCUGGAUUUUCCAGUGUUACCUCUGAACCACAGAUUUCAGAUCCAUUUGCACCAGAACCCACCUUAGCUCCUCCUGCUGCAACUGCUGAGUCAGCAACUACUUCUGCAACUACCACUGCUGCGGCGGCUGCUGCUGAUGAGGUGGAUCUCUUCGGAGAUGCCUUUGGUCGAAGAGGACCACUUCGGGGACGUCGUCGACUUCCCCGUCGUCGUGGUCGAUGGGGUUGGGGACAUCGUCGUCGAGAACUACACCCCUUUGCCCCAUCAGAAGGCAAUGCAACUCCUGAGCUGGACCUCUUUGCUAUGAAGCCAACUGAGACCAGCGUUCCUGUAGUUACCCCUACAACUAGUGCAGCUACUUCCGCAACCAGUCCUACUCCAGCUGCUGCUGUGGCCCCUCCAGCCCCUGCUACAACUGCUGCUGCUACUACUGCUACUGUCACUACUGCUACUACAUCUGCUACUACUACCAUCACUACCACCACCUCUGCUCCUCCUCCUGCUCUAGAUAUCUUUGGUGAUUUGUUUGAAUCCACACCUGCUGAUGCUCCUCCACCACCUAAGUCAGAUGCAGCUCCUAGCAUAGAUCUGUUUGGGACAGAUACUUUUUCUUCUCCAGCUACUGGAGCUUCACCUGGGCCCGAGAAUUCUCUCACUGGUGAUCUAUUAUCAGUGGAUGCAUUUGCAGCACCAUCGUCCCUGCCCACUGCUUCCCCGGCUAAAGUGGACUCUUCAGGUGUGAUUGACCUGUUUGGUG